CUCGUCGGGAGAGAUAAAUGCUCACUCUGAUCCGAAAGUUCCCGACUGCAAAGUUUGCUCCUCCGGCUGCCGCUGCGGGCGAAGGAACUUGGGGACCCCUCCCGCGCUGGGACUCCUGCUCCCCGCAUUUUCCAGCCCCCAGUCUCGCGCUCCAUCAAGCGAGGGCCUCUGGCUGAGGAGCUUUUUCAUAAUCUCCCCCCAGCACAGAAACGAGCUGCUCGCCCCGCCGAAGAACAAGUCAACUAAGAAAAUGUGGAAGGGGCCAGUUCUGUUCUUCGUUUUGGGAAGCGCAUCGCUCUGGGUCCUGGCAGAAGCCAGCACGGUCAGGCCAGAAGAUGGCAUGACUACAGGUGUGGAAAAUGGCAAGGCGACCCCGGGUGUGGAAGAUCACGUGGAGACCCCAGGUGCCAGUGGAGAGCCCCAUGAGUCUGCUGGCUUGACAGCUCCGAUGCCGACAAGAACAAAGAGCAUGACAGAGGUUCACAAAGAGGACCUGCCCACUGCAGAAAGCACAAUCCACUCCCAAGGACAAAGCCAGAGCACGACAACCCUGAAUGUGGCAACUAGUCAGUCCCCGGGGAAAACAGAUGGAGAAAAACCAACAACAGUUGAGAAAGGUGGCUCGUCAACAGUGACCCUGGUUGGAAUCAUAGUUGGGGUCUUACUAGCCAUUGGAUUCAUUGGUGGAAUCAUCAUUGUGUUUGUUCGAAAAAUGUCAGGAAGGUACUCGCCCUAAAGAGCUGAAGAAUUGUGCCCUCCUGCCAAUAUGUUUUAAAAAAGAGAGUUUCCAACUCCCCCCACCCAUGCCUGAGCGUGUGGAGAAGAUGACCCGUGGAAAUGCUUCGCCACUGCCCUCAAAAUCCACGGUGAUUCCUCCACUUGCCAAAAGUAAUGGAAGGAAAGAGUAUUCAUAAGACUUGCUUCUCUAAGCAUUUGUCUUUUGAAAAAAAAAUGGUUUUAAUAUAAAUUUUGUAUAAGAUGAUUUAAAAGACAAAACGCAUAGAAAAUGGAGCAAAACUAUGUCAUCUGAUGUGUAACUAAGGUAGACAAUAUAAUUCAAUCGAUGUUAGAAACUGAAAUCAUGUCUUUGUUCUGAUUGUUCUCUCUUGUUGUUAAAAUGCAAAGGAAUUUGCAAAUAUUUACACCAAUGGUGUCCUUGGGUGUAAAGCUAUGUCAGUAAGUGGCAUAAGCAUUUUGCAGUUUCUGAUCUGUUGAAAUGUAUGCAUUCCAGUCUAACUGGGUCUGUUUUUAAAGCCUGAUUUGGUGUGAAUAAUCAAGUAGAAAAUCUAAACUUGCGUAAUAUGUAAUGAGCAACUGCCUUUCACUGGUCUGGGUAAAUCAUUUCAAAGGUAUCUAUUUUAGAUCAUAAACAGAAGUCUGUACUUUGGGGAAGGCAUUUUGUGUCUCACAACAAGGGCACUGGCGGGGUCUCUGUGCUCGGCUGCCUGCUCCAGUGACGACUUUAUGAAACAAAGGUUUGCUUCUACCUGCCCCCUUCCACUUCCCUCAGAUGAUGGGGCUCCAGAGCUAAAGGGGUGACCUUCUCUCUUCCCCAUGACACAAGUCCUCCAGAUUGGCUCCUUUGCUCUGGAAUAUGAGGAUCUCAGCCCUGGAUGCUGAGGAGGCUGUUGAAGGCCCAACGGUGCCAGAGGCUCAGGUGUUCCAGAAACCAAGAACCACAGUGAUCCCCAAACCCUGUGUGUGCCUCUGAGAAAGAGAACCUGCCAGUUUCCUAACAUUUACUUUCUGCCUCGGAAGAAAGAUAUGGGAAUACUGAUUUUUAAAACACAGCUGGAUUUAGAGACUUUAUUUUAAAAUGAAAGAUAUUUCUGGUCUUCAUGAGAUCCCACAUAUUUCUGUGGGGUCACCAUUGACGGUUCUGUAUUGGCACCAUCCAACUCAGGACAUUUCUCCCUGUAAGUCAACUGAGUUCUUUCUCCUACACAAAAAAUUUUUGUACCGAGCAGAUGCUAUAUCACAGUUGUGGUCGUACAGUUCUGAUAGCCUCUAAACUUGUACGGGUUCAUAAAACAGGAACAAGUAAACUAUCAGUCUACUUUGGCAUGGCCUGUUCCUCUGUCUUUCGCAGUAAUGUGUGGAUGUAAUUUUAAACAGUGUGCUCUAGUGUCGCUCAAGUCCAGCUGGUCCACCAGCCCAGGUUCCACGUUUGAACAUCAACUGAUGGGGAGAAGGGUCUUUGGAAGAACUUUAUGAAUCUCUUAAAUAUCCUCUGUAUCAUCACUCAGAUUCCUGAACAGGAGUUGGGAAUAAUGUUCGUUUCAUCUUUCCUAUCCUCUCUUUUUUUUCUCUCACUGUGAAAAAUAAUAGUCAACCCCAAGUCACACACUGGACCCAUCACCUGCUGGGACAGGACUGUGGGUUUCUUGGUCACAUCUGUGUUGAUGUUCGAUGCGGUGUAGACAUGUUUUGAAAUAAAACAGAUGAUUGCGUAUAACAAUGAGUCAGACUUUGACUGGCAAUCUUGAUCAAGUCUGGAUCACCCCUGAGAACAUCUCCGUAUAAAAUUACACGUUAUAUAAACAUUCGCCUCUUGACUUGAUUGGGAGUGAAGUAUAAAUGGUUAUAGGAAGUACAUCCAUGGGAAAGAAAUGUGACUCUACAUUUCACCCAGAGGUCUGCCAAAGUGGGGAGGUUAAGGUCAAGUGGAGGAAUCGGAGGAGAAGUGGUACCUUGGCACUACUUGCGCUCUCUCUGGUCACAAAGGGUUAACGAGGUUUUGCCUGGCUUCUGAUUUCUCUGCCCUGGGGACAGGAGCCACGUAAGGGAGCAGGUAUACCUUGCCCCUGCCAGUCCUACCUGGGAACCUGACCUCAUGUGGUUAGGGCUCGACCACACAAGGAAGAGAAUAACCCCUGUGAGGGUUUUCCAACUACCUAUGGCCUGGGAUGCAUGUUGCUCCAGAAUUCCUGUUCCUGGGACAUCUCACUGCUCCUUGGCCCUCAGCUGCGAAUACUGCACGGGAUCUGGAGACUGCCGUGGCCAGGCCCUCUGCCUCUGCCCCUCUGUCAGUGCAUCUACUCCCACCACCUACUCUGCCCUGUAUGGAUUCCAGUGCCAUACCCUGUGUCUCUCCCUGCCAACCCCACCCCCACUCGUAAAGGUUGGAUGCUAAAAGCAAGAGAGCCACUCACAUCAUGCCUUCCUCAUAAUAAAUACUCAGUUUCUGUUAAGUCAGGGUUGUUGAAUUUGCCAGAUGUCAGGAAUCCUGGUGCCUGUUUCUAAGUGGUGACACAAUGGAAAAGAGCAGAAUUCGGAUGCUUUACAGCUGUAGUACCUCAGAGGAGUCGAAUGAUUUGGACUACGGGUUCUUCAUGGAAAUUUCCAUGAGAGGACUUGAAAGCAUCCCUUUUCCAGCAGAAAACUAACCAUAUCCACCUAGUCCCCCAGACCCUCAAGGGAACUGGGCCCUCGGCUACAUCAAGUGUAAAUUUAUAUUCCCUUACACACUGCGCGCGGGAGAUGACUAGGAACUAAUGGAGCUGCCAAGGGCACUGGAACUUGAAGGAAAAAACUCCAUCCUCCCUUCCAUCAGAAAUGCCUGGGGACCAAGCAGUGCCGAAGUUAACUGUUUGUGCCAUGUUAAAGCCUCUUUUUAACGCCUAUUGUUUUUUCUUUCAACCUGGGAGAACUAAUCCAAAACCAGGACUUAGUUCUGCUUCACGUGCUGUCUUUAAUGAACACGGAAAGAACAAGUAACUUAAUCCCUUACUCUCUCCAUCUUUAUUUUGAUUCAUAUUGAUUUAGUAUUCAGGGCUGCUUGUGAUAAAUGCUUUGCUGGGGCCUGAUGCGUAUUCUGACAUUGUCUGCUAAUUUAAACUUUGUUUGCUAAUUUAAAGUCCAGGGGAAGUAGGAGAAGAAUUUCCCUGAGAUACAGCUGGAUAUUAGCACAUACACUUGGAACAACAGUUAUCCACCCGUGAGCAUCAGGGAACUUGGCGUUCCCUGAAAGACUGCAUUUCUCUUUGCUCCUCCUGAAGCUUAAAGCCAAGUUAGCAUGUACAGUAGAUCCUGGGGCUUUUAAUUCGAUAAAUACACAGUA